AAAAAAUAUAAUAAUUAUAAAUCGCCAAAAUUUAAAAUCCAAUGAAAAAAAUUAAUCCCUCUAGACUAGAGUCACGGUCACCCAAAAAAUAAAUAAAUAAAUAAAGGGAGGAGUAAUUCAUAAAGAAUCUAAAAUUUAAGGACUUCAACGUAAACUAACCAACAAAACCAGAAAAACCACGUCCGUCUCCGGUGAUGCACCGCUCCUUCCCCUUCGUCCUCCGCCGGAACAACUCCUCCUCCAAAUCCCAACCUUCACCACUACCACCACUACACCAUCGUACCUUCCGAUCACGCGCCGCACUAGACUCCCUUCACUCCCACAUCCAAUCCGCCACCGCCGCCGGAGGCGCCCAACCCCAUCAUCUAGCUCUCUACAACUACCCCUCCUUCUCCGGUGCCUUCUCCGCCCUAUUCGCUCACCUCUUCCACUCCCGCCUCCACCUCCCCUUCCUCGCCCUUCCCUUCUCCUCCAUCGAUCCCUUCAGAAUCCAAGACUUCCAUUCUCAAUGCAUUGACACUUGUUAUCUCCUCGACCACAUCGGCCCCGGUCACUUCGCCGUCGAGCUUGCUCAAAGAGUUCAAAGGGUUGUAGCUUUUGAUCACCGGAAAUCCACAGCUUCAAGGAUUUCACAAUUAGGACACUGUCCUAACAAUCUAGAGCUUCAUAUUGAUACUAUGAAGAGCAGUGCUUGUGCUGUUUAUGAUCAUUUCUCUGAAUCUCUUCCUCAGAAUGAAUCCUUACUGAUGGCGGAGAAUGAACGAGACCGUGUUGCUGAUGUGGUUAAGUACAUUGAGAACAUGGAUCUUCUCCGGCUGGAUUUGCCUGAUGUCAAGGCAUUUAGUAUUGGGAUCAAAGGCAUGCGAGCGAAGCUGAACUCCAUCAUCAAUCCUAAUGUUUUCGAACAACUUCUAGAGUUAAAUUCUACCGAUUUGAUUGCUAAAGGAAAGGCUUACAAUAACACGCGAGAGGAUGCUGCAAAGAAGUUGUUGGAUAAAGCUUUUAUGAUCAGAUUAGGAAGAGGAUUGUAUGGUGAAUGUUUGGCAAUUAGGGCAGAUGGAAGCUCUAAUUUAAGCCAUGAAAUUGGUGUUGAACUUGCUAAAAGAAGUGCAGCUGCUGGUUUAAGGCCUAUUGGUGCAGUUGUAUUUAUGCAACGAAGAAAUUUGAAGAUGUGCUUAAGAUCCACAAGCAGCACAACUGACACUUCACUGAUUGCUAAGGCAUAUGGUGGAGGAGGUACCUUAAAGUCAAGCUCAUUCAUAAUAAGAAUGGAUGAGUACAACCUUUGGACCUCGCCAACUUCCUUGUAAAUGAAUUAUGUUUUUGUACACUAACCACAUUUGAAAUGACUUGUGUAUCUAUGUAUUCUUAUCAGCUUAUCUAAUCCAAGUGUUUUUCAUACA